ACAACAACAACAAUAACAACAACGACGAUGAACACGACAACAACAACAAUAACAACAACGACGAUGAACACGACAACAACAACAAUAACAACAACGACGAUGAACACGACAACAACAACAACAAGUUUAUAA